GUAUUUUUUAGGCACAUUUUCUGUACUUUGGUAUGCAUCUGGUAUAUUUCUCAGAGGAGAAAUAAAUAAAUAAAAACUUAAUUAGCUAGUUGAAGUGUUUUGUUAGCUGCAAAACGCAAGCCCAACGAGGAUAGCAGAACACAGUUGCCGAAAAGGAAGAGUGUGGGAUCUAAACUAAUCAUCAGCAGACCCACCCCACCUAUUAAUCAGCCGAAAAACCUUGAAUUCCCUGGAGAGACCGCUGGAACAAUGGGCAAUAAACAGAUAAAACAACAUUUGGAGACGGCCCAGAAGACGGGAAUCCUGAAGAUAUCCUUGCAGCGGCUGCAGGAGUUCCCACCGCAGCUCAAGGCCUACCCGAACGUCCUGAAAACGCUGGAUCUCUCCGAGAAUCGUUUCGAACGUGUACCCGACGAACUGGGCAAGCUGACGCUACUCAAGCACCUGAAUCUGAGCGGAAAUCGAUUGGUGGAACUGAACGAGGUGGUGGGCGAACUGGCCAAGCUGGAGGUGCUGCUGUUGAUGGACAAUAUGCUGACAAGGCUGCCCAAAACGCUAGCCAACUGCACUCACCUGAAGACCGUGAACCUGAGCAACAACCAGCUGAAGGAGUUCCCCUCCAUGCUGUGCGGCCUGAAGCAGCUGGAUGUCCUGGAUCUGUCCAGGAACAAGAUCACCGAUGUGCCCGCCGAUGUGGGCGGACUGUAUGUGACCGAACUGAACCUCAAUCAGAACCAAAUAUCCUCGCUGGCGGAGGACGUGGCCGCUUGUCCCAAGCUGAAGACACUGCGCCUCGAGGAGAACUGCCUACAGGCAGCGGCCUUCACACCCAGGAUCCUCAAGGACUCGAAGAUCUGCAACUUGGCCGUCGACGGCAAUCUGUUCAACUCGAAGCAGUUCACCGAUCUCGAUGGCUACGAUGUCUACAUGGAGCGCUAUACGGCGGUCAGGAAGAAGAUGUUCUAGAUUUCAUUCAGAUCAAUUUCCCCUUUUUUUUGUGUGUGUAUCCCAGCCUUUAUUUAUCAGCGUAAACUAAUAUAAUAGCUUAAUUCAAUAUGCGUAAAGUGUAAAACGUUACGAAUAAAACGAAAAAAGACAACUUCAACAAGAG